AUGGCCGCCGAGAUCCUCCUGAUGCCCGAGUCCCUUCACAGGGCGCUCGAAGGCUCGCUCUCCCCGGACCAGGCGCUGAGACAGGAGAGUGAGGAGUACCUCUACAAGAUAUCUACUGCCAAGGGGGCAAUACCGCUGCUUCUAUCGCUCAUCUCGGCAGACGCGGUAGAGGCGCCGAUCAGACUGGCCGGCGCCGUGAAACUUAAGAAUAUUGUAAUCACACACUGGAGAGAUUCCAGCGUGUUGUGCGCGGAAGACCGGGCCGCGUUAUGGAAGGGCAUAUACAAUGCGAUCCUCUCCGUCGGACGCGAAAACGACCUGAUCAGACGCCAGUGCUUCGAAGCGCUGCGCCACAUCGUAUUUAACGCUGAGCAGGCUGACGUCAGCUACAUCGCGCAGCGCGUGAAGACGGACAUAGAGCAGCGCUCCAAUGGCGACACCCUGCUCUGCGCCCUCAAGGCACUGCGCAAGCUCAUGUACCGCUACGAGUACCACGCCCAGUCGAUGACGGAUGAGGUCAAUGCUGUGGUCGACGGCUUUUUCGGGCACUUGCUCCAGGUGGCGCAGGACGCCUCCAACGCCGGGCUGGAGUCACCCGAAGCCGCGGAGUGCAUCCACCAGGUGCUCAAGGUGUACUUCUCAUUGGCGCUGCUCACGUCGCCGACCACCGAAACCGUGCAGAGCACGCUCCAGUCCUGGAUGGCGCUCGUGCAGUUCGUCUUGGACAACCCCGUGCGAUGGGACGCGGUGUUCAAGACCGGCGAGCACGCCAUGAUGCCGUAUGUGGAGCUGCCCGACGAUGAGGAGUCGCGCCUGCACGAAAUGCCGCGGUUCAAGUGCCUUAAGUGGGCAAUCCAAAUUCUCACCAAGUACAUGUCGAGGCAGACGCCCCAAAAAAUCGAGAAGGACGAGGGCAAGAUGCACUAUGUUCGCUACCUCAAGGACGGGUACGCCGCCCUAUUCGCCAAGAAGCUGGUGCUCCUGCUCCAGGCGGAGGCCUCGGGAGGCGCCGUAUUCACCAACAACCUGCACCACAGGAUGUGGACCUACCUCAAGUACACAUUGCCCCUGACCGACGUCUACAACGCCUCCAUGCAGCCGUGUGCGGCGGUCAUCGUGCAGAUGAUCUUCCAGACGUUCGCCUGCAACGCCUACGACGAGCAGAAGUACCUGGAGGACCCGGAGUCGUACAUCCAAAACAGCCCAGACGUCAGCUUCCAGCUCAUGUCGCCGCGAGGCACUGCCGCCGACUUCAUCAAGGACGCGUGCAAGUUCUGCCGCGCCGAUUUCGCGCCGAUCAUCAUAUCGGCAGCCAGGGACGUGUUCCGCGACCGCGGCAACUCAGUGCCGGAAUUGUACGGAAUCAUGUGCCUGGUCGGCCACACCGUCGCAGGGGUGCUGCAGAACAGCAAAAAGGGCAAGAAGAAAAUGGGCUCCGGCAUGGCUGACAUGCCAGCGGAGCAGCUGCUGGAUGGCGAGGCGUUCAUCACCACCUUCGUCGCCCCCUUGCUCAGCUCGCCCGACAAGUGGCUCAGGAUGCGGGCGGCCUGGCUAUGCGGGCACGUAGUGAGGACCAUUCAUCCCUGGAGGGACUCGCAGACGCUCCUCACGUUGUACUCCAGGCUCGUGGAGUUGCUGGGCGAUCAGGAGGUCAUAGUUUCCGUCAUGGCGACCGGCGCCGUCCUCGCCUUCUUCCACUCCUCCGACGAGACGCUGCAGAGGACCAUAGUGGAAUACCUGCCGGUGCUUCUGCAGAACCUCUUCAAGCUCAUGGAGCGGGUCGAAUUGGAGACCGUUGUUUCCACCCUCGAUGAAGUCGUGGAUAGGUACUCCGUGGCCGUGCUGCCGUUCGGGGCGCAGAUCACGGAGAAUGUCUGCAACGCGCUCUGGAACAGCGUUGGCAACGAGGGUGUGGUAGACAAGCACGACGAGGACACAAGCAACGAUGAGCAGAUACUGGCCCGCUGGUCGAUGGUGCAAACGCUGACCUCAAUCGUUAGACUUGCGGCCGAGGCCGACACCAAGACCAUGACGCCCAAUGACUGCGAAAUGUUCGCAAAAAUCGCACACAGGACAGGCACUCUGUUGAUUUCCCUAUACGAACACCUGGACUUGGACACUCUGAUGGACUACAUCGACGACCUCGCCAUGCUGCUGAGCUAUUCGGUGAAGAUAAUCCACAAGGUGGUGGGCUACGCCGGGGAGGAGAAGGCGGCGCUCAUGGGUGCGCGCUUCGCGGAUAUGUGGAAGAUACUGGGGCUGUGCACGAAGGCCAUAAGCGGGUACCACGCCAAUGACUCCGAAGACGGCGAUACGAUACAGGCCGUUAUGGUGGAAAUCAGCGUCAUCCGAGGCCCGGUGAGGAGCCUGCUCGCGUAUGCGCCCAACGGGUUCACCUUCGACAUCGCCAUGCAGCUCUACGCGCUCUGCCAAAAGUCAUUCGACGGAGACGACGGGACUCAUGCUGAGCGCCUUUUGGCCGACGUCUUCGAGGUGACGUACAACACCCGGGCCUGCGAUAGCAUCCUCGCGGUGGCCGCCAAGGAGCUGACCAAGGGCAUCGCUGAAACCUACGAGGCCAUCAUGAACACCCCGACAUACUUCCAAUCCAAAAUAAGGUACGCAGCGGUGGUGGUGAUGUACUCCUGCCGCGAAAACCCCCCGCUGAAGAGCCUGGAGGACCCCGACACACUCAUCAAAGUACUCUUGCACGUGUCGCGGGGCUGCACGUCCAAAUACAUGUGCAAGCUCUACCUGGCCUGCUUCUCCUCCCUCAAGCAAAACGUGGCGCGCUACAGCCAGGACGAAAACGUGCAGCGAGCCAUUGACGAGCUCUUGCUUGAAGCGCACAAUGUGAACAACGGCAGCCGCAUGAAUCCGGAACUCGAUGACAUGGACGAGGAAGACUCCGACUUCUACACGGACGAUGACGACGAUUACGACUACGAAUCCGACGACGAUGACUAUGACGACAGCUACGAUGACGACGACGAAUUCGACGACGGCUGCUCGCCUCUGGACAACUGCAACUACGCGGACAUGUGUUUCCGGGUUGCGGCUAACAAGCCCCCACUCUAA